AUGUCGCCCUGUGUCCAUGCCCUUCCCCCUCUUCUCCCUCACCCUUUACCCUCUUCCCCCUUCCCCCGCCCCCCCCUUCUCUCCCCCCCCCUCCUGUCCCCGCUCACCUGUCCUCCGCCCGCCUCCAGUCCCCCCCGCCAUGAGCUCGUCCGCCUUCUCCGCGUGUCUGCUGCGCUCGUCCUUCGCCUACUACAGCGCGCCCUUCACCUCCGCGCCUGUGCCAACCGCGCCCUGGCUAUUCCGCCAGCCCCGCCAGCAGCGGUGACCCAGCAGCAGGUCUCAGCACGAGUUUCCGAGUCUGCUGCGUGCUGGAAUCGUGAAGGGGUGGCAGGGCAGGGGACAAAGGAGAGUGAUGGGAGUGAUGCAACGGGAAUGAGGGAUGGGAAAUUGAUGCAAGUGGGGGGAGAGGAGGAGGAGGAGGUGAUGAGGAGAGAGAGAGGAGGUAUAAUGUAUGGCAGGGAAAGGUCAAGACAUGGGGCAGUGGUGGUGGUGGUGGGGGGCGAGGAGGGGCAGGCGGGGAGAGGGAUUCUGCAGUGUGAGGAGGUGGUAAUGGGAGUGCAAAGGAGUGAGGAGGAGUGGAGAGUGAGAGGGAGUGGUAGCAGCCGUGCAAGGGGGUGGGGACACGUUGCAGGGAGGGGAGAGCGAGUGCGGUUGCAGCAGGAGAAAGAGGGGGCGUCCAAUGAGAAUGGUGGCUUGUGGGAAGUUGGGACGGGAGGUGGGGAUGAGAGUGGGGAGGAGUGUGGGGAGGAAGGUGAGAGUAGUGACCAGCAAGAGGUUAUCCAGGCAGGAGCUUAUGUAUAUGCCACUGCAUCCGCGUCUACCACUCUGCCUCUGUCUACCUCUGUUGGCUCCUAUAUCGUGUGCUGGAAUGGGGAACACGGCAUGGAAGGGAACCAGCAACAGCAGCAGCAGAUGGAUGAGGAGGUUGCGGCAUGCAGUGGGGGUGUGGACCAAAGUGCAGUUUUGGAAGAGAGGCGAGAGAAGGAGAGAAACUUUUGUGGUCAGCAGGGUUUGACUGCAGGGGGCCUUGUAACUGGCGCUGGGGAUGGUGGUGGUGGAGGUGCUGGGACAGUGGUGGGAUGCCAGGGCGCUUGGGUGACUCCUGCUGCUCAUGCUCAUGCUCAUGCUCAUGCUGAUGUUGUUGCUGUUGGUGAUUGUGUUGGUGUUGGUGAUGCUGAUGAUGCUGGUGGAUCCGACAGUGGCGUUGCUGGCAAUACUGAUGAGGAGCAGGAAGGAGAUAGGGUUGCAGAUGGGGAGGAUGGUGGCGAUGUGGAAGGGCUGUUGGAGCUGCAAGUGCUCGAUGCGGCUGUGGAUGCCUUGAUAGCUGAUGCUGAUGGUGUUGCUGAUUCUGACGCCCACAGGUUCUUUGCAAACCCCCCUCACCUUUCUCGAAGAAGCAAUUACAUGGGUGUUCCAUGCGUAUCACUUGUGUCUCCUCCUCCGCCUGCUCUUGCUGCUGCUGCUGCUGCUGCUGCUGCUGCUGCUGUUGGCGCUGCUGGUGCUGCAGCACACCCGCACGGAUUUUCGUUGCAUGCUGCUGCAGGCAGAGGUGUUGCGGCAGGUAUACCAGCAGCGUGGUUGCCUGCACCUGGUGGCGCUGUGGUUUCGUCUCUCCCAACUCCUAUCCUCCUACCUCCUCUCUUCGCCACACCAUUUGCUCCUCCGUUCCAUCCCUUCCCUCCAGACCCCACUCCUCUGUAUGGCACGCUGCCUUCUCCACCCUCCUCCCUCUCCGCACAAACACAGGCUGCUUGUAAAGGGACAGCAGUUGCUUAUAGCGAGCCACGGUAUGCUGGUGGGCUGGUGGAGGGGGAGAACCACGGCGUGCCUUUCAUGCCAUGCAAACAGCCGUCUGGUGCGUGCAGUGUGGGCAAUGUGGGCAGUGUGGGCAGUGCCAGUGCGCAUGGGAUGAAGGCACAUGUCAUGUCCUCGUGGCUUAUGGAUGGUGCUGGGACAUGCUUCGCGGCACCUACAGCUGAGUCUGAGCUAUGGCCGGGACUAGCUGAUUCAGCUUCUGCUGCCACUGCUGCCGCUGCUGCUGCCGCUGCUGGUGCUGCUGCUGCUGCUGACUAUGGUGGUGAUGCGGGUGCUGCUGCUGUCAAUGCAGCCACAGCAGCCGUGGUGUCCGUGCAGCAGCGAGUUUCCACAGACCCACACUCCGUGUCUUCUUGUGAUUUAUGUGUGGCUGCUGCACCUUGCACUGCAUGCCACUUUCGUCCGGUGCUGUGCUAUGCUGUCGCUCUUUCGCCUUGCUCCGUGCACCACUGCCUCUUUCCCUUCAUCUGCCCUCCUCCCCGCACGCAUAUGUCCCAAUUCCUCCCCGCACGCAUUUCCGCCCUAACCUUCUUGGAGCAUCCUCCCUCUGUUGCUGCUUCUCCUCUCCUUUGCCCCCCUUCUCCCCCCACCCUCCCCUCUUUCCCCACCCCCGUUCCCUGUCCUCCCUUCCCCCAAUCAACACCCCCCACGCCGCAAUGCCCGCCAGUUGUCGCUAUGGCACGGCAUGCAAGUUCAACCAUCCCCACAUGGCUCGACACCAUCGGGCCUUCCUCCCUCCCCGUAUGCAAUGCACACAUUCCCAUCUCUGCUGCGGUUGCUGUUGCCGCUGCCGGUUAUGCUCAGGACGUGCUCCCAAAGCCACCGCAGCAGCAGCAGCGGCGGCAGGGGGAGGGCGAGUGGGAGGAGUGGGAGGAGCAGCUGUCAGAGGCAUGGCUGCUGCCUGCGGGGCCGCGCCUUCGACUGUACCACCACCAGAAGCACCCUGAGAGGCCUGGCCUGCCCGACUGUGCUCAAGAAUUCACUACUCUUGCCUUUUCUGAUACUAAUGCUGCUUCUCACUCUCUCCCCUCACCUCCCGACCUCCCUCUCCCCACUUCCCCACUUCCCCACUUCCCCACUUCUCCCCACCCCUUCCCCCGCCCUCUUCUCCCCACUUCCCCACAUUGCUUUCUCCACCGCUUCUGGCUCGACACCCCACCCCACCUGCACUCUCUUGCCAAACCUCAGCACUAUGUCAGGACCGGCAACUGCAGAUUCGGCAACGAGUGCCGGUACAACCACCCGAAGCUGCGGGUAGAUGCAUCCACCGCAUGUGGCUGA